AUGUAUCCGAGCACUGGAAUGAAUGCGGCGGCAGCGGCAGCUGUGGCGGCAGCCCGUCAUCCGGGCCCACCGCAACCUGGUCAGCCUUUCAAAUUUACCGUUGGAGAAUCGUGUGAUAGGAUAAAGGAAGAAUUUAGUUUUCUACAGGCGCAAUACCAUAAUUUAAAAUUGGAAUGUGAAAAAUUGGCAAGCGAAAAGAUAGAAAUUCAAAGACAUUACGUUAUGUAUUACGAAAUGUCUUAUGGUCUCAACGUUGAAAUGCAUAAACAGACUGAAAUCGCCAAGAGACUGAACGCAAUCAUAGCACAGAUCCUACCUUUCCUGUCACAAGAACACCAACAACAAGUAGCCACAGCUGUGGAACGGGCGAAACAAGUUACCAUGACAGAACUGAAUCAGAUCAUUGGGCAACAAAGGCCGGAUCUGCCGAGGUUACUGCAACAAAUGCACGCUCAGCAACUACCGACGCACGCAGCGCCACCUAUACCGAUGAUGCCUCACCCUAGUUUGGGCGGCGCGCCGCCUAGCAGCGCAGCCAGUUUGUUGGGCCUUUCCGGGGCCCUUCCAGCUCAACAUCCCCUUUCUAUGUUGGCCUCGAAGCCGGACCUGCACAGGCCCGACGACGUCAAGUCGAAUAGCGGUAUCAACUCUGCCGAAGAGAGACACAGAAAUUCAAUAUCACCUGCAGAAAAGUACAGGCCAAGGACUCCCCAAGAACCAGAAAUGAAAAAACCUAAAAAAGAAGAAAAAGAUGUCGGACACCAUAGCGACGGUGAAAAGAGCGAUCAAGACCUGGUAGUCGACGACGCAUCAGAAGACCCCGUCUCGCCACCGAACGGUACCACGUCACCUAGAGAAAACGGUAUCGACAAACUACCCAAGAAAGAACACCCCGGACCCCACAGUCCCAGAUCGGGCACGUCGAGCAACGCAUCCACGCCUUCAACGAAAAAAAUGGAAGAGAAACCUCCAACGCCUAUUUCGAAAUCCGUAACACCCACGUCUGCCGCCGGAUCGUCUUCAGGAAGUGCUUCGGGAGGGUUGAAGCCCAUCAAACAACAGGGAUUGGGACAGUAUCCGCCUUAUCUAGCCAUGUCUAAUGGUGGUGCUCCUCAUGAAUUGCAAGCAGCAGCAGCAGCUGCAGCUGCAGGAAAUUAUGCGGGCCUACAUAACAAUAUUCCACCAGCAUUGAACAAUUAUCCAAGACCUCCUUUGCAAGUUGGUUACGAUCCUCACUCUCAAAUGAGGGCUCCUGUCGUUCCAGGAUUGGGCGCUAUUCCAGGAGGAAAGCCGGCGUAUUCCUUUCAUGUAAACGCCGACGGUCAAAUGCAACCGGUGCCCUUUCCACAUGAUGCGUUGGUAGGACCUGGGAUUCCCCGCCACGCAAGACAAAUCAACACGUUAAGUCACGGUGAAGUCGUUUGUGCCGUGACUAUUUCGAAUCCCACCAAAUAUGUAUAUACUGGAGGAAAAGGUUGCGUCAAAGUAUGGGACAUCAGCCAACCUGGAUCCAAAAGUCCUGUCUCGCAACUCGACUGUUUGCAAAGGGACAACUACAUCAGAUCUGUAAAAUUACUACCGGACGGUCGGACGCUUAUAGUAGGAGGCGAGGCCAGUAAUCUGUCGAUAUGGGACUUGGCAAGUCCUACGCCUCGAAUAAAAGCAGAAUUGACGUCUAGCGCGCCUGCGUGCUACGCUUUAGCUAUCAGUCCCGAUUCCAAAGUGUGCUUCAGUUGUUGCUCGGACGGAAACAUCGCCGUCUGGGAUCUCCACAAUCAAACGCUGGUCAGACAGUUCCAAGGCCAUACGGAUGGCGCUUCGUGUAUAGACAUCUCUUCCGAGGGUACGAAAUUGUGGACCGGCGGUUUAGAUAACACAGUAAGAAGUUGGGAUCUUCGCGAGGGUAGGCAAUUGCAGCAACACGACUUCAGCUCGCAAAUCUUCUCCUUGGGUUACUGCCCCAUGGGCGAAUGGUUAGCGGUCGGCAUGGAAAAUUCCAACGUGGAGGUCUUGCACGCCAACAAACCGGAUAAAUACCAGUUGCAUCUGCACGAAAGCUGCGUCUUGAGUUUGAGAUUCGCUGCGUGCGGAAAAUGGUUCGUUUCCACUGGCAAGGAUAAUCUGCUGAACGCCUGGAGGACGCCUUAUGGAGCCAGCAUAUUCCAGUCCAAAGAAUCUUCAAGUGUGUUGAGUUGCGACAUCUCGGCGGACGACAAGUACAUCGUGACGGGCUCGGGCGACAAGAAAGCGACAGUCUACGAAGUUAUAUACUAA